CACAUGCCAGAAACUCUUCGAGACUUGGCAUAUCGUCAUGAAAACGAAAUUGAAGAAAUCUUAGAACAACAGGUGACUGCACAGCCGUUGUCAACCGGCAGGGAUGGUAAUGAUACAAAAGUAACAUUACCAAGUUUUUCGAGGACCACAGCACCUUGGCAACUGAGGACCGGAAAAGCAAAGGAUAUUGAUCACAUUUACGAUGGACGAUUCCCGAAGAUCUCUGCAGCAAAUCUCAACAGGGAAUUGGUUAAAACAAAAGUAAUGAUGGGUUCGACGGUGCAGAUCGGUAAGCAGUAUUCAUCAACGCAUUCAAGUGCCCAAGCUACAUUUUCAAUAGAGUUUCGUGAAGUCAAACUGUGUGGAGAACUGCUCGUGCUUAAGGACUUCAAUUUAGACAAAUGCGCCGAGAAUCCUUGCCAGAAUGAAGCGCGGUGUCGCCUGAAUAGCACCUCGAAAGCAGGCUUCAGCUGUAUUUGUCAACGAGGAUGGGCUGGGCCGCUUUGCGAAAGUUCGUUCAGUUGCCGAUUUUAUUCUUCCAAAUUUCUCAAAGUGCUGUAUGCUUAG